CGACGUGUGGUGGCGGCUGGUCCCAAGCUCGCGCGCCACCGAUGCCGAUGCUCCUCCCACCUCCCCUCCCCACCUACUGAUGCAUUGAUGCCGAUGCCCUCCUCCUCCUCCUCGCUCCUCUCCGCUAUCCGCCGCCUCCUCGCCUCGCUCGCGCGCUCCCCUCCUCCAGCUGCCGCCGCGGCGAUGCCGCCGUCUUCGCCGGAGCCGGAGGAGGAGGGGAUGGGGAGGAGCGACGCCGGCGUCGGCGGCGGCGGAGGAGGAGAAGGCGGGGGAGGGGGAGGCGGGAGGGCGCUGAGCUACGGGAAGGCGGAGUACUGGGACGCCCGCUACGUGGAGGAGGGCGGCGCGCCGUACGACUGGUACCAGCGCUACGCCGCGCUCCGCCCCUUCGUCCGCCGCUUCGCCCCGCCGGAAUCCCGCGUCCUCAUGAUCGGCUGCGGCUCCGCUCUUAUGUCAGAGGAUAUGGUUGAUGAUGGCUAUACGGAGAUAAUGAACAUUGACAUUUCUUCGGUUGUAAUUGAGAUUAUGAGAAAGAAACACUUCAAUAUUCCACAGCUGCAGUACAUGCAAAUGGAUGCUAGGGACAUGAGUAUAUUUUCUGAUGAAUCAUUUGAUUGUGCCAUUGAUAAAGGUACUUUGGACUCAUUGAUGUGUGGUGUGGGUGCUCCUCUCAGCGCAGCUCAGAUGGUUCUAGAAGUAGAAAGGCUUCUUAAACCAGGAGGAAUCUUUAUGCUGAUAACUUAUGGUGAUCCAUCGGUGAGGGUACCUCAUCUGAACCAAUCAGGAUGCAAUUGGAAAAUUGUACUAUACAUUCUGCCCAGACCCGGGUUCAAGGGCAAGACGAAAAGGUCUGUCUUAGAUCCUGUUCCAAUGACAGAGAGUGGUGUACUACCGGAUGGCUUUGUUCCAGAGGACCCUGACUCUCACUAUAUCUAUGUCUGCAAAAAGUUGCAAGGAUCAACAGGGACAAGCUCCCCAACUAUACACUACGUAGACACACAAGAUACAGCAGAAUGAACUUUACACUGAUUCAUCUUACAACGUUUGUAAAUUGUUAUAAUUUGUACAAGAUCAAAUGAUGUGAUGUUGCCACCAUUGUGGCCAUCCAAAGAUGCAAAGCGGGCCUUUGCAGGUACAAAUACUUGUUGACUGAUCAUGUGAGAAUCAGCGAGUCAUUGUAUUGUGCUACCACUGCUUUUUUUUGUGUUGUGUGGGAAGGCACAAAGAAUUGGUUGGCACAUUUGAGGAAGAAAAUGCCCUCAGAAACAUUUGUUUUCAUUCGUUGGUAAUGUGAAAGCAAUUGGCAUUUUUUAAGGCAUGUAUUUUGUUCAUGUUUUAGAUAAUACAUUUUGUGUAUGUGGAAAUUGAACACUA